CGGCUCUCACUCGCUGAGCUGCUCCCGCCCCCUCCGUGCCAUUGUCCCCCGCAGGUCCCCAGAAGUUCCGCGAGCCGCUCCCGCGUCCCGGUGCGCGCGUGUUCCACGCUCGGUGCGGGGCAGGAACAGGAUGGAGGGCUGCCUGGGGGAGGAAUCGUUCCAGAUGUGGGAGCUCAAUCGACGCCUGGAGGCCUACCUGGGCCGGGUGAAGGCGCUGGAGGAGCAGAACGAGCUGCUGGGCGCGGAGCUCGCGGCUCUGCGCGCCCAGUCCGCCGAGGCGUCCUGGCGAGCCCGUGCCGACGACGAGCUGGCCGCGCUGCGGGGCCUGGUGGACCAGCGCUGGCGGGAGAAGCACGCGGCGGAGGUGGAGCGCGACAACCUGGCCGAGGAGCUGGAGGGCGUGGCGGGCCGGUGCCAGCAGGUGCGGCUGGCCCGGGAGCGGGUCGCCGAGGAGGCCGCCCGCCACCGACGUGCGCUGGAGACGGAGCAGUGCGCCCAGGGCUGGCUGGGCAGCCAGGCUGCGGAGCUGGAGCGCGAGCUGGAGGAUCUGCGCGCCGCGCACGAGGAGGAGCGCGCCAGCCUCAACGCCCAGGCCGCCUGUGCCCCCCGCGGCCCCGCGCCGCCCCGCGGGCCCCCGGCCCGCGCCCCCGAGGUGGAGGAGCUGGCCAGGCGGCUGGGGGAGGCGUGGCGCGGGGCUGUGCGCGGCUACCAGGAGCGCGUGGCGCACAUGGAGACGUCGCUGGGCCAGGCCCGCGAGCGGCUGGGCCACGCCGUGCAGGGCGCCCGGGAGGGUCGCCUGGAGCUACAGCAGCUCCGGGCGGAGCGCGGCGGCCUCCAGGAGCGCAGGGCGGCGUUGGAACAGAGGUUGGAGGGUCGUUGGCAGGAGCGGCUGCAGGCCACUGAAAAGUUCCAGCUGGCGGUGGAGGCUCUGGAGCAGGAGAAGCAGGGCCUGCAGAGCCAGAUUGCUCAGGUGUUGGAAGGUCGGCAGCAGCUGGCACACCUUAAGAUGUCACUCAGCCUAGAGGUGGCUACAUACAGGACUCUGCUGGAGGCGGAGAACGAAAGGCUGCAGGCACCAGGCAGUGGUUCCAAGACUUCCCUUGGCUUCCAGGACCCCAAGCUGGAGCUGCGUUUCCCUGGGACCCCUGAGGGCCGGCGUCUGGGACCUUUGCUCCCUGUCCUCAGCCCAACUCCUCUCCCCUCACCCUUGCCCAAUACCCUUGAGACACCUGUGCCAGCCUUUCUGAAGAGCCAGGAAUUCCUUCAGACCCAUACUCCUACUCCCACUCUAGCCAGCACCCCCAUCCCAACCACACCUAAAGCUCCCUGUCCUGCUACCUGUACAGAGAUCAGAGCCCAGGAUGCCCCCCUCUCCCUGCUCCAGCCACAGGAUGGGAGGCAACAGGCUCCAGAGUCCCUGUGGGCUGAAGCCAAGGCAGCGUUCCCUGGCAGCAUCCUCCCAGGACCAGAGGAGCCUGGAGGCCAGCAGCAAGAGGCCAGUGCAGGCCAGUCCCUUGAGGAUCAGGCCUCCUCAGUCCCACUCCUCAGUUCUGAGUGCCCCAAAUUAGAGGUUAACGAUGGAGAACCCAGUGGGACUAAAGUAUCUAGUAUAUUCCAAGAAGGUAAAGGGCAAGUCUGGGGGCUGGUAGAGAAAGGAGUAGACAUAGAGUUCAAAGCAGUGAGUAGUUUACAGCCGGAAACACAGCAAGAGGAAGGAGUCUUGGAUAUGAAGGAAAUUCAGGACUCCCACAGUCUCUUUGAAAAAGAAACUGUGAAGGUUCUCCAAGAGAAGAUUCAAGAGGCAGCAAUGUCUGUGGAAAACCAGAGCCACAAGACACUAGAGGAAGGGAAUCCUGGGUAUCUAAGGUCUUUAGAAGAAGAGAACUUAGAAACAAUUAAAAGUACAGAAAAAGAAAAUCAGGAGUUACUAAAGUCUUUAGAAGGAAAGGCUAUGGAGGCAGAGAGACCUCUAGAUAAGGAGGUUCCUGAACUACCUAAGUUUGUAGGAAAAGAGGACACACAAACAUUGCAGUCCUUAGGAAAGGAGAACCAAGAACUAAUGAUGUCUCCUAAAGACAGCAUAGAGACAGUUUUAUCUCUAGGAAAGGAAAACCAGGAAUUAGUAAGAUCUCUAGAAGAGGAGAACUUAGAGUUAUUGAGAGCUCUUGAAAAAGAGAGCCAGCAAUCACUGAGACCUCAAGAAACAGAGGGCCAGGAGACAUGGAGAUCUAUAGCAAAAGAGAAUCAGGAGUGCCUGACACCUCUUGAAGAUGAGAAUCAGGAGAUCUUUAGACCUCUGGAGGAAGAGAAUCAGGAGCCACUGAAGUCACAAGAAGAGGAGGACCAGGAGAUUGUGAGACCUCCAGAAAAAGAGAAUCAAGAGCCAUCGAGGUCACUAGAAGAGGACCAGAGACCUCUAGAACAAGAAAAUCAAGAGCCAUUGAGGUCUGUAGAAGAGGACCAGAGACCUCUAGAAAAAGAAGAACAAGAGCCAUUGAGGUCUGUAGAAGAGGACCAGAGACCUCUAGAACAAGAAAAUCAAGAGCUAUUGAGGUCUGUAGAAGAAGAGGACCAGAGACCUCUAGAAAAAGAAAAUCAAGAGCCAUUGAGGUCUGUAGAAGAAGAGGACCAGAGACCUCUAGAAAAAGAAAAUCAAGAGCCAUUGAGGUCUGUAGAAGAAGAGGACCAGAGACCUCUAGAAAAAGAAAAUCAAGAGCCAUUGAGGUCUGUAGAAGAAGAGGACCAGAGACCUCUAGAAAAAGAAAAUCAAGAGCCAUUGAGGUCUGUAGAAGAAGAGGACCAGAGACCUCUAGAAAAAGAAAAUCAAGAGCCAUUGAGGUCUGUAGAAGAAGAGGACCAAAGGUCUGUCAGCCCUUUAGAAAAGGAGAACCUGGAGGCUCUGAGCUCUCCAGAAGAAGACCAGAUAAUUGUGAGCUCUCUAGAAAAAGAGAACCAGGAGUCAUCAGAGUCUCUAGAAGAGGACCAGAGGAUUGUGAGCUCUUUAGAAAUAGAGAAUCUGGAGCCACUGAAACCUUCAGAAGAAGAGGACCAGGAGAAGAGGAGUUCUCUUGAACAAGAGAAUCAGGAGCCUCUAGAAGAAGAAGUGGACCAGGAGAUGAGGAGUUCUCUUGAACAAGAGAACCAGGAGCCUCUAGAUGAAGAAGAAGAGGACCAGGAGAUGAGGAGUUCUCUUGAACAAGAGAACCAGGAGCCUGAAGAAGAAGAAGAGCAAGAAAUAUUAAGAUCUCUAAAACAAGAUAUUCAACAUCCAUUGAGUGCUCUAGGAGAAGACCAGAUGACAUUUAGACCACCAGAAAAGGCAAAUCCAGAGCCACUGAAAUCUUUUGGGAAAGAACAGGAGAUAGAUUGGUCUUUUGAAAAAGAGAAUGAAGAGUUAUUCAAGUCGCUGAAGGAAGAGAGUGUAGAAGUUGUGAGAUCUUUUGAAACAGAGAACCUAGAACCACUGAAGUCUGCCAGAGACGAGGACCUGGAAAUAUUAAAAUCUCUAGAAACCCAAGAGCCCCUGGGGGAUCUAGAAGAAAUUAAUAAGGAGACAACGAAAGCUCUAGAAAAGGACAUUCAAGAUCCCCUGGGGUCUGUGGAUGAAAACCAAGAGACACUGAGACCCUCAGAAAAGGAGAAUCAGAAACCAAUGAGCUCUCUGGAGGAGCAGAACCUAGAGACUCUGACAUCUCCAGAAGAGGCAGAGGAAGAAAGCCAAAUGGAUCUGGGAGAGGAAGAGAGUCUGGAGAUGGGUGAGAAGCAACAGUCACUCAGGUCUCUGGAAGAGGUGCAACAGGAGCUGCCUCAGUCUCCAAAUCAGCCCAGGUGGGAGGAUAUGGAGAUGGAGGACCAAACCCUUGCUCAGGCACUCCCGGCUGAGAAGGCUGGAAUGGGACAUGAAGAUGAGGUAGAACUGGACCUGAGGGAACAGGAUAGGAAAGUGGAGGCUGCACCACAGGGACAGCCACAGCUAAACAUCAUGGGGGAGAGCUGGGCUUCUGUGAGUUCAGAGCCCAAAGAGCAGAGGGUCCCAGCAGAAGGAGCUAAUGGGAUGGGAGGCAGUGAGGGCCUCCAAGACGGUGAAGGUCAACCACAGCAUGUGGGGAUUUCCCAGGGAAAACCAGAAGUAAUAGAGCUUCGAGUGGAAGCUGAUGUACCCAUAGAGAGUAACCAGGUCUCUCUAGAGGUGACCUUGGAAUCAGAGACAGUCCAGGGUGAGGCUGUGGGAGGAGCUGAGGUGGGACUGGAGCAGGAGGUCCCUGAGGUUGGGCUGGAGGACCCAGAGCACUUGCCUAGAGAGGAGGUGAGGCAGCCACUUAUGGGAGAGGAAAGUUUGGAGACACAGAGUGCUCAGGGCCUAGAAGAGCCCAGAAAGGACCUAGAGAGGGCAGAUGAUCUGGAGGUAGCAGCCACUGAACUGCCUAGGACAAGCGGAGACCCCCUGGAGCUUCCCAGGGGCUGGGAGGAGCCAGUGCCUGCAGGCCCUUGGGGAGCAGAUGCUCCUCCCCUCAGGUCCCCAGGGACAGAGGCAGAUGAGGGUACACAGCCAGGGCUGGUUCUCCCCAGUCCCGGGCCUUCUGAAUACUGGCCACCCAGUCCAAUCCCAGAAGAUGCUCCAGAGCCCCAGCUCCAGACUGAGAGGGGCCAAGAGGCUACUUGGGGGGAAGAAGGCAGGGCUGAAGCUCUGGGAAAAGAGGAGGGGACCCCAGAGGAGUUUGGUCUUAGGGACGUCCCUAAAGAGGGUCUCCAAGAAGAGGAGGAGGAGGAAGAGAGCAGAGAAGAGAGCGAGGCUGAUGAGCUGGGGGAAACCCUUCCAGACUCCACACCUCUGGGUCUCUACCUCAGCUCCCCAGCCUCCCCUCGCUGGGGCUUGGCUGGAGAGCAGAGGCCCGGCCCUCAGGGGGAGGCUGGGGAGGAAAGCUGGGACUCAGAUGUCCUAGCCUCCAAGGGCUUGGCAGCUCCGCUCUCAGAAGAGGAGGAGGGUGGGGAGGACCCAGAGGAGGAAGAGGAGCCAGGCCCUGACUCUGACCUGUCAGAGGAAUUUGAGGACCUAAGGACUGAGGCUUCUCAUCUUCCAGGGAUCCUCAGGGAGGUGGCAGACUCUCUGAGCCAGGUACCCCAACUUCUGGAGCCUGCAGGCUGGGAUCAGGAUGGGGAGUCUGAUGGGUUUGCGGAUGAAGAAGAAAGUGGGGAGGAAGGAGAGGAAGAAGAAGAGGAGAGGACAGAGCCAGGGUCCGAGGGAGAGGAAGAAGAAAAGGAGAGGACAAAGCCAGGCUCCAGACCGUGGGAGCAAGGCUCCUCUGUCAGCAGCCUCCAGGCUCUGGGUAGUUCUCAAGGAGGGGACCUCCUGGAGCCUGAGGCAGUGGAUGUCAGUGUCCCCUGGGAUGGUGGCUUGAGGGGCACUGUGGCUGAUGCUCCUGUGACUGCCCCAGAGAUGGAGUCCCAGGACAGUGCUGAGUCUUCUGCUUCCGAGGAGGAGGCUGAUUCUGUUCCCUUGGAAAGGAAGGAUCAAGUCUCUGGUCCUUUGGAGAUGUCCAGAGAGGUGGAGGACAUGGGCUCCGGGCAAGAGGACAUCUUUGGUGUUAAUGGUCAGGGACCCAGCUUCGAGGAGUCAGAACACGUGAAUGGAAUGGUGAUGAAUGGACUGGAGCGGUCCAAGGAAGUGGGACCCGGGACUCAGGGGACCCUGGAUGGGGACCAAGAGCUCCCCUUACAGGAAGAGGAGGGGGAAGUUCAGAAGUCACCAUGGGUAGGGACUCCAGUACACCUGGCCCCAGGCAGGUACCUGAGAUUUGCUCCAAGGGAAGUAGAGGGAGAUUCCUGGUCUUCAGGAGAAGACUAGGGAAAGCUGCUCAGUCAGACAGGACAUGGUGGGGCCCACCCCCACAGCCCUGCCUGCUCAAGGGCAGCACUCCUAACUGAGGAUGUUUCACACCAGCCAUGUCCACAGUUAGAGGCUCAGGCCUUGCCAGGGAGACAUACUGCUCACACCAUCCCAAAGGCUUAAGUCAGAUGAACCCCUGUAGUACUAGAUCCCCUUUCCUCUGUAUCCCAUCAGCUGGAAAAGGCUCCAAAGGGAGGCACUGCAGCCCUGGGUGGGAGGGGAGCCCCCCCCAGCUCUGCCCCUGCAGGGGUGUGACCUGGUCAAGUGUGCCUGUGACCUGGCUGGCCCCUCCCUGCUUUAAUAAAGUUGGGCCU